AUGCAGAUAAACACGCGGCACUGUCACCUGGUCGGCCAACUCCUGGCCCAGGCGACAUGCGAAAAGGAGGGCCCCCACGGUGAUGCUGAAGUGGUGCUCAUCUCGGAGCUGCCCCGGUUGCCCACCAAUUGCAACUGGGCGGUGGACUGCAAGAACACGGUAGCCAUCUACUCCAGUGCUAAGUACCCCAUACAGCACCUCUGUAGUAAUACCGAGGGACUCGUUGUGGCCGAGAUCAGGGGCAUAGUGUAUGCCAGCUGCUACGCUCCCCCUCGGUGGGGCAUCGAGGCAUUUAGGCUGUAUCUGGAGGCGCUGGCCCUAGCAGUGCAAGGCCACCCUCGCGUCGUCGUAGGAGGCGACUUCAACGCUACCGCUGUCGAGUGGGGCAGCCCCCGGACCAACGCCAGAGGAGAGGAGCUCCUCGCGAUCAUGGAGCAGCUAGGGCUCGUCCUGCUGAACCGUGGAUGUGUGCCAACAUACCGAGGCAACGCAGUGGCCAGGCCGUCGGUGAUCGACGUGGCAUUUGCCACUCCAGCCAUCGCAGGGCCGGGCGACUGGCGGGUGGUAGUGGACGACCAGCUGAUGUCGGAUCACUCGCCCAUCACCUACACCGUCGGAGACCCGCAGCCUCGAACCGCACCGCGCCCGGCACCACGGCACCAGCUUCGCCGGUGGAGGAUGCACCUGUUCGACCCGGAGGUGUUCGCGAUCUCGCUGCGGGCACUCAACUUCGACGGAGUCGAACCAACGGUGGCUGCCGUCACGAAACUGCUGGUGAGAGCCUGUGACGAGACCAUGCCGCGCAGUGGCCGAGGACCGGGUCGGAUCAGGCGUGCCGUCUACUGGUGGACGUCGGAGAUCGCGGAUAAGCGCACCAUCUGCGGGCUUGCCCGAAAACGCCUGCGAAAAACGGGGGACGCCAGCGACCGUGCUUACCGGGCCGUCGAGUACAUGCAGACGAAGCGCAUGCUCGACAGCGCCAUCCGGGAAAGCAAGUGGCGGUGCGCCCGCGAACUCGCGGACUCGGUGGAGGACGACCCCUGGGGCAACGCCUACCGAACGGCAGUGGGCUGGCUGACAGGCAGAAGCUUGCGGCAAGAGGACGACCACGAAGUGCUGGGACGCAUCGUGGACGAGCUGUUCCCACAACAGCCACCGAUGGACUGGCCCGAUGCAGCGCGACCAGAGACUGCCACUGGGGCGAUCCGCGGG